GUUUUGGGCGACUUUUCUUAACAUUUUUUUUAGUUGGCAGCUGUGUUAAGCAUCUUUUACGGAAACACGACCUGUCACACUGUCACUACUUAUUAUAAAAGUAACACGUCGCUGUAAUGGCAGCCAGGAAACUACUGUGUAAUUGUUAGUUUAUUACAUAUCUCAUGGGAACUCGGCCUGCUCUGCUUUUAGCCCGUCGGGUUGUCCACUCUAUCACUUGGUUAUAACAGUUGUCAUUUUACACGAGGUGCCCUCCUACCAUAACUCCAUUGUCAUCUUCCAGGAAAACACAAAUAUAAUAUGUGAAAAAAAACAACACUUAAAUGUACUAACCUAACGUGUAGCUGUACGUUAGCUAGAGCUACAUUAUUAGCCUGAAUAAAGCAGUAAGACAGCUUUCAUUUAGCUGAGGAGAGAAGCAUGGCAUGGCGUUUUCCUGCUGGCACUGCAGCAUGAGGAAAGUGCUCAUUUCUGACCUCUCAGGGGAAAUACCAGGCUACAGAUAUAUUAUAGUAACGACAUUUGCUUCAGGUGAUUAAUACUGUAGCUGAAUGCACAUGCAAAUGCCAUUUUGACCCAGUUUAGUCAGCUCUCUGUAACCACCCACAUUAAACCCAGCCUUCAACUUGGUUCCCUACUGGACCACAAGAGGGUGUAACUGCAUUGCUCCAUGCACUGAGGGUUUGUUCCUGUUUGGCAGACUUAAACCGGUAUCACAAGCAUUAAAGUUAUACUGACAUUAAACAUGGAAAAACAUUCAAUUCACUUUAAUGUAGCUGCAAAUAAAAUACUCAAAAAUAGAUACGUAGGAUGAGAUGAGAGGAGCUUUUGCAGUAUGUAAGUCAUGUAAGGCUGGCAUAAAUUAGUGGACACAACUUGCAGGUAAACAUAAUGUAAUCCAACACAAAAACACCUCAAAAUUUACCAGGUGAAUCAACACUGCCCUGACGCACUCACACUAAAUAAGGCAGUAUAAGCUUUGCAACGAUUUUAUCAUGCUGCCUGGUUAUUGUGGUAAUUACAAGUGUUAUUUUGUCCAUUUGUUGUAUAUCUACUUACAUAACUCGGUCCUAGUUUCUCAAAUAGAUUAGAAUAAGCAUUUGCAGUUUGGGUAAUGUGGCUUCCAUUUUUCAUUUAAGACCUUCACUUUCUUUCACAGUUAACUUCUGAAUAUUUAAAUAAGCGACACAUGGAUUUGUCCCAUAUUGUAUGUGUUUGAUAAACAUUUCUCUUUCUGCACAUACAGUAUGAGUACGUUUUACUUCAGCGUGGGCCUGUAAUCCUUCUGUGCGUCUCUGUAGCCUUAGAGAGACAGCUGAAUGUUUGGCAUAGCAACCAGUUCAGGCUUCUUGUUUCGAUGUGGCUUUCUUGCUUUGCAGCUGUCUUCUGACUGCAGUUUAAAGCAACAGCGACAGUCCCACGACUACACUGAAGAUUAGAGAAUAACACAGAAUUCCCUUGUGUCUCUCCCCUGUGGUUUUAACGAGGAAGUAAAACAGAAAUGAGGUCUUGUCAAGUCCAAAGUAAACUCUGAAUAUUUGGAAACUUUUUAAAUGUUGCUUUAAAUCCUAUCUAGCUUUUUUUCUAAGCGAUGUUCUGAAGCCGUGGCCCUGCUCAGUUCUGGAAAACAAUUAGUCUGUCUCCUGUUGAUCUCGGAGAAUAAUGAUUUGUUUGUCUGUUCAUGUUGUGGCCUGGGAGGAGUGUCAGUGUGUGCAUGUGUGUGUUUCUGUGUCGUAUGUGUGUGCCGAGGGCUGUUCCUCAGACUGUCAGCUGACAGAGCAGUAGAGGUAGUGUUGGGUUUCAUCAUGCUGUUUAUUUCCCACUCUCCGCUGUGAGUGAAGUUAGGGAGGGGACAUUGCUGCGGUGUGUGUGUGUGUGUGUGUGUGUGUUUGCUGUCGUGCUGACGUCUCCAGACUCUGGUGUAAGGCACAUGGAGACAUGGAGAGUCCCUGCAGGGUAAAAAGCACAUUGCUUCCCCUCUGCCCUUCUCCUCUGUUGUAUUCUCUCUCUUUCCCCUCUCUCCACUUUACCAACACAGCCUGAAGCAUCUCUGUUGUAAAUUCAGUCAGCUGCGUCACCGUUUGUCUAUUCCUUCUUUUGUCUUUCCCGUUUUUUUUUUUUUUUUCCCCAGUUCUUUUCGCGGCGUCUCUGUCGCUCUCUUCUGGUCCCUCUUUCACCUCAAGCCACAUUUUGCAACACUGACUGUCAAAGACAGAUGACCCAAGCUUGGCAUGUACGUACAUGUGUGUGUGUGUGUGUGUGUGUGUGUGUGUACCAGGAGUGGGAAGGUCUGGCUCUAACCUGAUGCUAUUAAUAUCACCUAAUGAACAUAAUCUGGAGGGUAGGUUAUCCUCUUACAUUUGUUGGCUGGACGACCGAGGGGAGGAGUGGAGAGCGAGUGAAAGAGGAGGGAAAAGCUGCACUGUGCUUUAACACUGAGUGCGCUCUCUAACAAGCUGCAGUGCCUUCUUUCUCUCUCUGUUGCUCCACUGAAUGGAAGAAAUAGAAAGCUAAACAGAUGUUUAAAGUUUCGUUUCUCAUCUAAACUGACUCCCCUCUAUAUUGCCCAACCUCUCUCUCUCUCUCUCUCUGUCUCUGUCUGUGGCUGGCUUGCACCAGUGGACAGUGCUGUUAAGCUCUUUACUGUGAUUGAGUGUAUAUAUAAUACUAAGUAUACCUGUUGCCGUGAAACAGGUUUAAAACACAACGUGCGGAGUACACACAGUGGACACUUCCCAUAUAUUUUUCUCCAGUUAUGAACUCUCUACCGGCUUAUUCAGGAGCUAGAAUAUCUGGCUGUUGGACUCUAAGAUCUGAUGGCAGUGGGGGUGGUGAGGGAUCACUGGACCGGCUUCUCCCCUCGGUAAGCACAGGCCUUUCACCCAGGAAAAGGACCACCAGCCAGUGUAAGUCUGAGCCCCCUCUCCUACGCACCUCCAAACGAACCAUCUACACCGCUGGCCGCCCACCCUGGUACAACGAACAUGGGACACAGUCUAAAGAGGCCUUCGUCAUUGGUCUGUGUGGUGGCAGCGCUUCAGGAAAGACGACCGUAGCCAGGAAAAUAAUUGAAGCUCUAGAUGUUCCAUGGGUUGUUCUACUCUCGAUGGACUCUUUUUACAAGGUCCUAUCCGCAGAGGAACAGACACUGGCUGCCAGUAACGACUAUAACUUUGAUCACCCUGAUGCCUUUGACUUUGAUCUGCUGACACACACCCUGCGAAAACUCAAACAGGGCAAGAGUGUGAAAAUCCCUGUGUAUGACUUUACAACUCAUGGGAGACAGAAGGAGUGGAAAACUGUAUAUGGAGCCAGUGUUAUCAUCUUUGAGGGAAUCAUGGCGUUUGCAGAUAAAAAGCUUUUGCAGUUGCUGGACAUGAAGAUUUUUGUGGACACCGACUCUGACAUCCGGCUGGUGCGUCGGUUGAGGAGGGAUAUUACAGAGAGGGGAAGAGACAUUGAGGGUGUCAUCAAACAGUACAACAAGUUUGUCAAGCCGGCGUUUGAGCAGUACAUUGAACCCACUAUGCGCCUGGCUGAUAUUGUGGUGCCCCGUGGUGGUGGUAACAUGGUAGCCAUUGACUUGAUCGUGCAGCAUGUCCACAGUCAACUAGAGGAGCGCGAGCUCAGCGUCAGGGCAGCCCUGGCUUCUGCACACCAGGCCCAACCCCUCCCCCAGACCCUCAGCGUUCUGGAGAGCACACCCCAGGUCAGGGGCAUGCACACCAUCAUCAGAAACAAGGAAACCAGCCGAGACGAGUUCAUCUUCUACUCCAAGAGGUUGAUGCGUCUGUUGAUUGAGCGAGCACUCUCCUUCCUCCCCUCACAGGUCCACAUAGUCCAGACCCCACAGGGAGAGGAUUACGAAGGCAAGACUUUCCACGGGAAGAGGAUCACAGGCGUGUCCAUCCUGCGAGCCGGGGAGACCAUGGAGCCGGCUCUGAGGGCCGUCUGCAAAGACGUCCGCAUCGGCAAGAUUCUCAUCCAGACCAACCAGGACACAGGAGAACCAGAGCUUCAUUACCUGCGUUUACCAAAAGACAUCAGUGAAGAUCAUGUGAUUCUGAUGGACUGUACGGUGUCCACUGGAGCUGCCGCCAUGAUGGCAGUCCGGGUCCUACUGGACCAUGAUGUUCAGGAGGACAAGAUACUGCUGGUGUCUUUGCUAAUGGCAGAAAUGGGUGUCCACUCAGUGGCCUACGCAUUCCCACAGGUCAAAAUCAUCACCACAGCUGUCGACAAGAAGGUCAACGAUCUCUUCCACAUCAUACCUGGCAUAGGAAACUUCGGGGAUCGAUACUUUGGCACAGAUGCACCCCCUGACUGGAGCGACGAAGAAAUGGAUGAACCCAGUUACUGAAGAAAUUAUCGGCAGUGCACAAACUUUGUUGGGUGAUUCAGCCCCACGGAGGACAAUUUGAG